CCAGCUAUGAAGUAUCAUUCUUUCUGGAGAAGAUAAAAUAGUACAGAGAAUCGAGAAUCAUCAAUGUAUUCGGCGGUAAAAAUUCAAAUUGCUGGCUUGAUGCUUAUUCUACUGGCAGUUCUUGUUCUACCAUGUAGCGCUAAACAGAGACCUAAUAUAGUAAUCUUGCUAGUGGACGACCUCGGUAUUGCAGACAUCGGUUGUUUCGGUAAUGACACGAUUCGUACUCCUCAUAUAGACAAGCUUGCGCGCGAGGGAGCAGCUCUGAGACACAAUCUGUCCCCUGCGCCAAUUUGCACACCAAGUCGGGCUGCUUUCAUGACUGGACGAUAUGCAGUGCGACUAGGGAUGGCCGCAAAACCAGAGGAAUGUGAAGUGUUUGUGCAUAACGCUGCAAGCGGAGGACUUCCACAAAACGAGACCACCUUUGCAGAACUGUUGUCUGGAAAUGGCUACAUGACAGGUUUAGUUGGCAAAUGGCAUCUUGGACUGAACCUUGCAUCAUCCUCCGACUUUCAUUUCCAUCCAUUGAAGCAUGGGUUUAAUCACUUUUAUGGCAUUCCUCUCACUAACUUUUAUGGUUGUGAACCACAAGGAGUUGACUAUAUCUUACCUAACCUGAAACCGCUUACAUUAACUGCAUUGAUUGUGCUAGGGGCCGCAAGUUUACUGAAAAGACAUAUAUACAUUAAGAUCCACCUUUCCCUCUUGCUUCUAAUUGUAUUAUUUUAUGCUUUUUUGUUACUUAUUGACCUUUCAGGGAUUGUGACUAAUUGUACCUGUCUCCUGAUGAGAGGCUUUGAUGUUGUUGAACAGCCAGUUGUUUUAGAAAAUUUAACAACAAGGCUUACUGAUGAUGCUAUCAAAUUCAUGAGAAAAAGCCAUCCAAAGCCUUUCUUGCUCCUGAUGUCUUAUGUCAAAGUACACACACCUCUUUUUACAUCCAAACCAUUUCAAGGUCACAGUAAGCAUGGUAGUUAUGGUGAUAAUGUCGAAGAGCUUGAUUGGAGUGUUGGACAAAUUAUGAAGGAACUUGAUGACCUAGGUCUGAGAAAUGAGACGUUUGUCUACUUUACUUCAGACCAUGGUCCACAUCUCCACCAGUUUAACCAAAAAGGGAAAAAUAUUGGAGGCUGGAAAGGGAACUUUAGAGGAGGUAAAGGUAAUAAUUGGGAAGGUGGAAUCAGAGUCCCUACACUGGUUAGAUGGCCAUCACACAUUGAAUCAGGGAUCAACAUUACUGAGCCAACAAACAAUUUUGACAUUUUUUCAACCAUUGCUGACAUGACAGGUAUACCAGAACCAGCAGAUCGAAUCAUAGAUGGAAAAAGCUUAUUGCCUUUACUAACUAAACAAGAGGAGUACUCCGCCCAUGAGUUCAUGUACCAUUACUGUGGGAAAGAUAUUCAUGCUGUGCGGUAUAGACCAAAAAGAGGCAAGUCUAUAUGGAAAGCAGUCUUCAAAACCCCAAACCCUGCAUUCUUUGAUGUGUUAGAUGAAUACAAGCUUUAUGGAUGCUAUGGUGAUAAGCUUAUCACACACAAGCCGACAUUGUUAUUUGAUCUUACAGCUGACCCUUCAGAGUCUAAUCCUUUUGUCCCUACUAAACCCCACUACAAUGAGAUUAUGAAGCACAUAAAUAAAGCUAUCAAACACCAUCAAGAUACUAUUGCCCAAGUGCCAAACCAGUUAAGCAAAAAUAUCUGGUACCCCUGGCUUCAAGUGUGUUGUAAUUUUCCCUUGUGCUCAUGUGUAGAGAACAAUACAGAAUUUGUGUACCCAAAGCUGACAUGAUAUUUAUGUUACAUAGUCAAGAAUGAUGUGGAGCAUACAUUUGUGUUAGGGAUCAAUUAUUAAAUCAUCAAACAAUUUAA